AUACACAAAACUAUAGUACACACCAUUAGAUAUUUCACUAGAGAGAAUAUCAACCAUGGCUAGCAACAAUCUUGUGGUGAGAUUGGUAUGCUGUGCGAUCGUCUGCGCCGCGGCACUGAGUAUAAUAACCACCGUUCCAAAGGCGGAAGCAGCCGUGUCAUGCGGCCAACUCACAAACGAGCUCAUGCCAUGCUUGUCAUACAUAUUGUAUGGGGGGAACACGGUGCCUCAAGGGUGCUGCAAUGGGGUUAGGACCGUCUUUAACACCGCUCGGACCACCCCGGACCGGCAAGCCGUAUGCAACUGCAUUAAAAGCUCCAUUGUUGGAGUCCCUUACACUAACUUUAACAUUAUCAAUGCUGCUGCCGUUCCAAAGAAAUGUGGUGUCAACAUUUCUUACCAGAUCAGUCCCAAUAUUGAUUGCAGCAGAGUGCAGUAAGUUUGAAGAUAAGUGGAGCAGUAGCUGAAGAGGGAUGUUAUUACUUAGUAGUAAUGUGUGCAAAUAAUGUCACAUGACUUAUUAUCAAUUUAAUGACUAGAAAAGUUGCUUCCUUCAAAGCUUUCUACAACUAAUGUUCUUGUAUGUGUGUCUGCUAGCUUAUAUCAUCGUCUUCUUGUUGUAGCGCAAUAAUGCGUAGUUCUAUUACUUACUAGGAAGGUACUAUGAAACAAGAAAUGUGUAUUAAGCAGCUGUGGUUUGUAUAAUAAGUUGAUAACGAUAUGUUUCUUUUCA